AUGGUGAUGCUAACACGCGCGAAGCUUGAUUAUUGUCCCGGUGGUGAGAUUUUUACCUACCUGCGAAGGGCAGGGCACUUCGAUGAAGCGACCGCACGCUUCUAUGUUGCUGAGAUGGUACUCGUCCUCGAAUUCCUCCAUGAGCACCAGGGGAUUGCCUACCGUGAUAUGAAGCCGGAGAACAUGCUCAUCGAUGCCGAGGGUCAUCUAAAGCUGGUUGACUUUGGCUUUGCGAAGAAACUCAUGCAGCGCCAUGGCGUUGCUGUUGAUUGGUGGUCUCUCGGAAUCCUUCUCUUCGAAUUUCUCGUUGGCCAGCCUCCAUUCUGGGACAAUCAACCAAUCAAAAUAUACGAAAAGAUUGUUGAGGGCAAGAUCAAAUACCCUUCCAGCGUGCCACCUGACGCAAAGGCCAUAAUUAGUGGGCUCUGUACCGUCAACCCUUCUCAACGCCUCGGGUACAUCCAGCAGGGUGAACUCAAUGGUGCUGAAUUGGUCAAGGCACACCCAUUCUUCAAGUCGAUUGAUUGGCAUGCCUUGUACCACCGUAAAGAGAAGGGUCCAAUUAUCCCUAAAUUAAAGGGCGUUACGGACAGCAGCAACUUUAAUGACUAUGACGCUCCUUCAACACAGAACAGCAUUUACUCCAGAGACAUGCAACAGAAGUACGACCAUGAGUUUAAAGACUUUUAG